GUUUCUCUCUUCACUUCACAACAUCAUCAUCAUUUACUACUACUCCCACUCCUUUAUAAUCAAACCUUAACCCUCCCAUUUUCUCAUCACCAUUCACUUUUCAUUGAGACAUUCAUCAAACACUUUCACCAAAAUGGCCAAACUUGGAAAAUUAACAAAGCUUAAGUCAGCUAUCAAAAGAUGGCCUUCAUUAACCAAACUCAGCCGCAACAAUAGCUCUAUCUCUUCCUCCUCCAAGCAACAAGAACAAGAGCUUCAUGCUGUCUAUGUCGGAAAGUCGCGGCGACAAUACCUUGUGAACUCCAAUGUUGUUCAACACCCUGUGUUUCAGGAGCUAGUGGAUAGAUCUUCUUGUGAUGAUGGUGUUGUGGUGGUUUCUUGUGAAGUUGUUUUGUUUGAACAUUUGCUGUGGAUGCUUGAAAGUGUUGAAGGUGAGACACAGUUGGGGUCCAUGGCUGAGCUGGUUGAGUUCUACAAUUGUGGUGCAUGUUGAUCAUGAAUUUGAUCAUGUUUUGCUAAUACAACUUGAUAGCUAUAGUGACUGACUUCAAUUGUUUUGUUUUUUUCUUGGUGAUAAAAAGAAAAAGGGUGAAUUGGUCAAUAUUGAGAUUUAUUAAAUGUAUUUAAAUGGUUUGCCAUUUAUUUCAGUGACAUUAACUGUUUGAAUUACUACAA